AUGGACGACGGGAUGGCAUAUUGUCUUGUUUAUCCACAAAAAUCCACAGCUAUCACGCGGGCAAUUACCAGGCUACCAGCUAUUAUACAAUUACAUACCGCACUCUUGACGUUUGGCCGCCCUCCGGCGAAUACAGUGUUCAUGACACAAGUUUGGUCCAAAAUAACAGAGAUAAUUUGGGAAAUCCGAGACUUUGAAUUUUGGAGAGCAACACAGACGAAAAGUUACCCACGUUUGGAAGGCUAUAGGCUCUAUCUCGCCACCAUUGUCGGGUUGAGCAACCCAGGCAGUUCGAAUGUCAAGAUCACGGUGAAUAACGCAGGCCAAUGGGUGGAUCCUGUGUACUGGGAGGGAUCUAUCGCACCUAAGACAAAUGUUGGUGAAAUCCAGAACUUUGUUGGCACAAUCCAGAACUUUUACGCAGUUGAUGGCCAGGUGGAAGGUAUCCGCCUUGUUUUGAGGAUUAGUUGGAAGUGGGGCGAUGAGACGAGAACGAUCGAUCAUCCUGUUAGGAACCUUCACGAUCUAGUCCUUUUGGGGAUGCAAUUGCCCGAACUUUUGGAAUGUUUUGGAAAGUUCGAGCAUUCGAAUCUGGGAGACGAGAGCGCCCAGCGACCCCCUGAAUUGUCAUUGAUCCCUCCCAAGCUAGACGAAGAUCCAGAGCGCAACCUCGAGAACUCCGAAUCUAUCACUUCUCACAGCUCAGCUUCGUUAUUACCCUCGGUUGAUCAGCCGAUCCAAACUGAGGCAUGUGCUUCGGGGCACGCCGAGCAGUCUUCCAGGACCGUGUACUGUCUACAAGAGCAUAAGGUGGAUUCCACACAACAUACUGGAAGGGAUGAUGGGUCUUGCUUUUCUCUACGCUAUCAGAUAUGCAGGGAGGAACGGAAUACCGAGAUCGACAUCUCAGAUCCCUUUCUGGCAGAUUCAUUGGGAACUUAUUCUGAUCACUCAUACGUCCAGCCUAUGUCAACGGUAGCAGAGAAACAAUGCAAGGAAUAA